CAGCUCAGUCCGCCAUGGAGGUGACAGCUGCCCGGCGCUCGUUUUUAUGCGACAUUGGCUCCUGGGCGGACCGAACAGCUCUGCAUGAAGCAGCAGCCCAUGGCAGGGCCCUCCAGUUGAAGCAGCUGCUGGAAGAGGGGGCCCCCGUUAACGUGGUGACUGUGGAUAACAUCACGCCGCUACACGAGGCCUGCAUACAGGCCCAUCCAAACUGUGCCCGCCUUCUGCUGGAGGCCGGAGCUCAGGUGGAUAUCCGGACCAUUCAUGGCAGUACUCCUCUCUGCAGCGCCUGUGCUGCUGGAAGCCUGGAAUGUGCAAAGCUGCUGUUGGAGUACGGAGCCAAAGUAAACCCAUCUCUAACAGCACUGACUGCAUCUCCGCUCCAUGAGGCCUGUAUCCACGGUAAUGCUGACGUCGUCAGGCUGAUGAUAACCAAUGGUGCAAAGCUGGAAGCCUUCGAUAUCCACUUCGGCCCCCCUCUUCACAUAGCGUGCGCUAAAGGGCGCUUGGAUUGUGUCAAGGAGCUGCUAAAAGCAGGCGCCGACGUGAAUUCGGUGAAGUUCCAUGAGACGGCUUUGCACCACGCAGCUCGAGCCAACAUGGUGGACAUGAUGGAGCUGCUGGUAGAGUUUGGAGCCGAUGUUUUUGCCAGUGACAAUCUUGGAAGAAAGCCCAUCGAUUACACAGACCCGGCUUCGCCCUCUUACUCCUGCCUCCAGUUUUACGAAAGUAACCCUCUGAACCUCCAGCAGCUUUGCAGGAUUGCGUUGAGGAGGAUGCUGGGUACCAAAGCCUCAGAGGUCAUGGAGCAGCUGAAGAUCUCCCAUCGCAUCUACAACUACCUCCAGUUCUCUGAUCUCCUGUGAACCAAAAUAUUCAUUCAGUUUGUUGGAGUAACACAAUGUUACACUAAAAAAUUUAUUUAAAAUACAGUCUUAAAUUUAAUUAUAUGAAUCAUGUUUAUUAAUUUGAGGCAAUUUUCACAUUUUAAGAGAUAUGCUUCUUACAAUAAGUGUAAAAUUAAUAUAACAAAAGUUUAUUUUUUUGUCAAUCUUGAUUUAAAAUUGUCUUUAUAUUUACUUUUAUUGGGGCUCAUGAUUCAUUUAGACAAAAAGCUGCAUAAUGAAUCAUAUUUAUGGGUUUAGGAGUGUUUGGAAAAUGACUUCAUGUUGGUGGAGGAUCUAUGGUGAUGUGGGGUUUUCUUUCCCAAAGGACUUGGGAAUGUUGUUGGAGUGGAUGAGUUAUAGAUAUAGUAGCUGUUUUAUUUCCUGGUGGAUCAUCACAAUCAGUGGUCCUCCUAACUGUCAAUCAUUAUGGUGAUAUGUUUACGUAGGGCCGUCCUAUGAGCUCGUCUGUUUUUCUGCGUAUGCACACU